AUGCAGGUGGCGAGCGAAAACGAAGGAGAUGCAGGAGCAUCGAGGAAGGAGGUGGAGAGAAGGGUGGGAGUGACACCGUUGAACUCCUGUUUUAAGUGCCCACCAGGUUUCGGUGCAUCCCGCGUAUGCACUGAGAGGGAGGACACGGUGUGCCAUGCGUGCAUCGAGGGAACGUAUUCCCAGGAUACUUCGGAAAUCCUCGACUGUUUCCUCUGCUCUGGUUGUGGUGAUGGCCUCUUCGAGCUCCACGCGUGCAACCCGUUUCGUGAUACCAUCUGUGACUCCUGCCACUCUAAGAACCACACGCACACUCCGGACUAUUUUCGGAAGUGUUCCCGAGAAAAGGAACCGACUCCGGGUGCAGAAGAGCAGAAGGAGUCAAUGUCCUCCUUGCAUGAAAGCCUGAAAGUUCUGGGGAACUUUAAAUUCCUUCUCCUCUUCGCGCUUUUGGCGAUGGUGACUCUUGUCGUCUUCCGAAUGAAGUCCAUCUUCUCGCAUCAUCCCCUGCAUCGGAACAAAGUUUCCAAGGGAAUAGGAGCGUAUGGUCGAUUGGAAGAAGAAGGAAAAGAGAGAAGUGCCAUCCUGGAAGUGGAAAUGGAAGAUUUGGCCAAGGAACGGGAACCCUUGCAGCAUACCGAGGACGAAGGUUGAGAGGAUCGUAAAGAAAGAAUUCCCCGUAUUUCCAGUUCAGUACAAUCGAGAUCGGGUACACUCGUGUCCUCCAUGGUAGAUCUCAAUGAACCUAGGAGAGAAAGAAUAUUUGCCG